UCCCAGACGAUGUAAUAAUCCUCGUAACGUCUUGAAACUCUGAAGUCUAGCCGAUAGCCGAUACGACGCGUCUCGCUAUGUGGGCCUGUGAUGCAGGAUCCAGACGCCGUGGGGGGCGAGGGCGCGUUGUAGCAUUGCCUGUUGCCGCCAUCGUGGUUGACGCCUCCGUCGAGCUCAGUUGUCCUCAUCGAGCGCGGUGCUCUCUCAUCGAGCUCAGUACUCCCCCAUCGAGUUCAGUCCUCCCUUCAAGCUCAGUCUUUCUUACCUGGAAGCCCUUCACCGCGCUUCAUAGCCCUCCUCACACUCCUCCCUCACCAUGCAAUCCGACCCCUUCGACGCAUUCCUCUUCCGCAAGAUGAUGCUCAUGCGCGUAGUCACCGUCGGCCUCGCCGCCGCGGGUGGCGCGUACUACUUUAUGGGGCAGAGAGGGGGUAAUGGGCCCACACAGAGACCUGACGGUUGCUGCGAAUGCCACGAGUGCAUGGCGCGCGCUGCGGGUCGGGCGGGGGGCGCGCUCGUGCUGGCGACCGCCGAGGACGAUGAGGAUGAAGACGAGCGAGAUGAGCGUGAGGGCCGCGAGGUGGCGAUCCACGGGAAGGACUACCACGAUCGCUCUGUCGAAUACCCCACUCGCUCCUCCACCCACAAUGAUCGCCAAGUUGACUACCCCGACCGCUCAGUCACCCGCCGUUCCUCCCGACAUACCACUCCCCACACCUACACUCCCCACAGCCUCUUAGACGACGCCGACCACCUCGUACCCCUCCUUCAGUCAGCCGCCGUUGCUCUGUGGCCGAGCAUAUCGCGAAGCUGAUUCUGGCGCGCCUGGAUCCGAGUGCGAGCGGGUCGGUCUUGCCGAGUGUUUCUGCGCCGAAUAAAUCCUCAAGUGGAGGUCCUUCAUUGGGAGGUGCAUCGAGUCUACCAACGGGAGGCGCUUCAAGUGGGGGCGGUGCUGAGAGCUGGGGUCCUCCUUCGCGGGGACGAGGUCCAUGGGCUUGGAUGGCAGGGGCGGCAGCUUCCGCCUCUCAGGAAGGCGCGGCGCGGUGUGGUCGUCCUCUUCCGCCUUGGCGUCGACAUCAGCAUUGAGGAUGGGAAGGAAGGUGUACCCUGCUUGCUCCGAGUCAAGAUUCAUUUCCUGUCGCCAUAUUCGUCUCACCGCUACAUAUUGUGCUCUUCACCUGUAUCUUAGUUUGCUAUCCAACAUAUUCACUCAAAGG